ACGCGCCAUGCGCUGCAUUCUGGGAGUGGGCGCCCGGCCGGCCAAUCGCGAGAUUCCUCGGGCUCGCGCGCUCCCGCCCGAGCCGUCGCGGCCGCCGACGUCGACGCAGGGUCGCGGGGUCACGGGUGCGGGUGGGCGAGGGCUGUGGGCAGGCGAGGGCUGUGGGCGCUCCCCCGGGACCGGCUGCCUCCCGGCCCGCCCGUUCGCUCGCCGCCGGCCCCGGGGGCGCCUCUGGCCCUGCCCUGUCCUCUGUGAACGCGUCCCUCCCAGGCAGGGCGGCUUGCGCCCCGCGAGAGCGCGUGCCCCCGUGCGGGGCCGGCGCGGGAUCGGGCCGAGGUCGGGGCCAGCCCCCGCGAGGCCGACUUCCGGGCGGAGCCGACGGGCAGGUCUGGCAAGGGCUCAGUGCCCAGCUUCCCCACCCGAGCCUGAGAGCGCCCUGUCCGCGCUCGCGCCGGCCCUCAACUGCUGGAGACCAGGCUCUGUUCUGAGCGACACCUGCGUACCUGCUACUAGCUUCCACCUCUUGGUGCCGGUCUGCUUCUUGGGGUACACAGAAAGUCAGUUUCGUUUCAGUCUAUGACCAUGUAACCUCUUGCUGUGAAGAAGACAGACUUGCAACAUUUAUGUGUUUAUUUAGCAUAAAUUACACGGUCCAGAAGAGAAACAUGCAAAGCAAAUUGACUUAAGACAAUUCAGAUGAUCUCAUGAAGUUACUUGUGGAAGAUCAGAGCAGAGCAGCCAACACCCACCGAGAGAGUUCCGAAGCCUCUGGGUGUGAACUCCACUGACCCAAACAGCUAAACACCAACAGAAAAUUCCAAAACUGCUUGAGAUGGCACCUGGGCCACCUCUGCCUUGAACUGAAGCUUUCCUCUCCAGUUCAUCAGCUCUUUAAGGUCAAAAUUCUGGGGUGGGGGGGAACAGACAACUAAUUAAUUAGGAAGAAACCCUGAAGCUGUAUUUAGGUUAAUUUUAUUUUCUUUUCCUGGCCUUAAAGUAUUUUUCAUUCCAAGUAUUAAAGCCUUCUUGAAAUCUCCAAGAUGGAAAGUGAUUAUAGAAAUAGUGUGGUUCACCGGGGAUAACAUUUACAUAGUUGUAGUAAGAAGGAAAGUUAUGACCAACCUAGACAGCAUAUUAAAAAGCAGAGACAUUACUUUGCCAACAAAGGUCCUUCUAGUCAAGGCUAUGGUUUUUCCAGUAGUCAUGUAUGGAUGUGAGAGCUGGACCAUAAAGAAAGCUGAGCGCUGAAGAAUUGAUGCUUUUGAACUGUGGUGUUGGAGAAGACUCUUGAGAGUCCCUUGGACUGCAAGGGGAUCCAACCAGUCCAUCCUAAAGGAAAUCAGUCCUGAAUAUUCACUGGAAGGACUGAUGUUGAAGCUGAAGCUCCAGUACUUUGGCUACCUGAUGCAAAGAACUGACUCUUUGGAAAAGACCCUGAUGCUGGGAAAGACUGAAUGUGGGAGGAGAAGGGGAUGACAGAGGAUGAGAUGGUUGGAUGGCAUCACCGACUCAAUGGACAUGAGCUUGGGUAAACUCCGCGAAUUAGUGAUGGACAGGGAGGCCUGGUGUGCUGCAGUCCAUGGGGUCACAAAGAGUCGGACACGACUGAGCGACUGAACUGAGUAACAUGCUAAUUAUCAACUUUACCAAAAGUCUGACAGUGUGUAUCAGGAAGAUGGGAGUGGGAAGGACAGGCCUGGGCAGGGGGGAAGAGGUCUUAAAAGGAACUAAAUUCUCAUCUUCUGUAACAACAGGAAGUUAAGUACAUCAUGCCAAGAUGAAAAACUCAAAAAAGAUACUGCUUUCCAAGAAUACAAUCUGGAUACGAGUCCUCUGUCAGAUCUGUGCACAGAUAAUAUUCACCCGUUUUCAUAAUGGUGACUUUAUUAUUUUGAAAAAGACCUUUAUUUGCUUUGUGAAAGUUGCUCAGUCGUGUCCGACUCUUUACAACACCAAAGACUGUACAGUCCAAGGAAUUCUCUAGGCCAGAAUACUGGAGUGGGUAGCCUUUCCCUCCUCCAGGGGAUCUUCCCGAUCCAUGAAUCAAACCGGGGUCUCCUGCAUUGCAGGCGGAUUCUUAACCAACUGAGGUAUCAGAGAAGCCCUUAUUUGCUUUACAUAGCAGUAAAAAUUAUAUAUUAUACAUCAUGUAUAUCUGGGCUCAGUCACUAAGUCAUUCCAACUCCUUUGUGACUCCUUGGACUAUAGCCCAUCAGGCUCCUAAGUCCAUGUAAUUUUCCAGGCAAGAAUACUGGAAUGGGUUGCCAUUUCCUACUCCAGUGGAAAGUCUUAAUUUUUAUGAAGCCAAAUGUAUUUUCUUUUACUUUUAGUGCUUUCAGUGUUCUAUUUAAGAAGUCCUUUCCUUCUUCACGAUGGUAAAGAAAUUUUUGUUUUCAUCUAGCUUUUUAGGUGUUUACAUUAAAUCUAUGAUCCCUGUCGAAGUAUUUUUGUGUAUAUUGAAUUAAUCAUUGGCUUGUGUUUUCCAUUUACUGUUUUUUAUAUCCUCCUCCCAAAUCCAAUCCCAAACUGUUCUCCAAGCACCAAUCUCCUCUAAGGCAGGUAAAUUACCUCUUUCCAGCAAAGGUCAUCUCCUACACCCUCUGACCGAGGAUCUGAGCAAGCAGCCCACCCCCCACACCUGGGGCACAGCUGUCCUUUGGGACCCCCAACAGCUCCCAGGAGCCCCCUCACUCCUCCCCUUUGCUGGAUCCAUUUCUUGGAGCCCGUGUCUGCCUCCAGCUUUCUGGGAAAAUAUAUGGGAAGAAAAUAUUCUGAAUUCUUGAAUGUCUGAAAUGUCUUUAUUCUACCCUCAUACUCAACUAAUGACGUGUCUGGAUUGAAAACAAUUGUGUGCUCAGUCGCUCAGUCACGUCCAACGCUUUGUGACUCCAUGGACUCUCUAGCCCACCAGGUUCCUCUGACUGUGGGAUUUUCCACUGGAGUGGGUUGCCAUUUCCUUCUUUUCACACAAUUUGAAGGCCUUGUUCCGUCAUCCUCUAGUGUCUAGAAUUGGUGUUACCCUCAAAGUCGUUCUGAUUCUUUUUAUCUUUUGGUUCUGAUUCUUGAUCCUUUGCAUAUGAACUGUUUUAUCUCUCUGAAGUUUGCAGGACUUUCCCUUUGUUCCAAACAUUCUUGAAUUUUCUGAUGACGUACAUUUAUUUGUAUGAUUCUAUUUUUACCCAUUAGUUCUGGGCACCUCAGGUCCUUUCAAUCUAAAAAUAUACCCCUGGGACUUCCCAGAGAUCCAGUGCUCCCAAUGCAGGGGGCCUGGGUUCAAUCCCUGGUCAGGGAACUAGAUCCCACAUACCACAACUAAGAGUUCACAUGCCAUGACUAAAAGAUCCCACACACCGCAACUAAGACCCCAGC